AUGGGGCCGAGGCCUGCUGCGCCUGCGCGGCGGCCGAGAGAGGCCGGGCUUUUGGCGACCGUGAGUUGGGGGCCGCCAACCCCAGGGGCUCCCGGUGACCCGUACAGGGUGGCGCCCACCCCCCGCCAGCCAGGGAGAAUCCUAGAACUUGAAGACAUCAGAAAAAUAUAUAUACUUGAUCAAUGGAAACCAUGAAGAUGUCAAAAAUUGCCUACCCUUUGGGACUCUUUGUAUGUCUAUUCAUUUAUGUUGCAUACGUAAAAUGGCGUUGGGCUCCCCAACCGAUCUUCAGCAUAGCAGAGACUGCAGCUGGGCCAAGGGAAGUCCAUCAGGAUCACCUGGUGAUAGAGAUGGACAAUCAUGCUGUGUUCUAUGGAAUUAUGUUUGAUGCUGGAAGCACCGGAACGCGCGUCCAUAUCUUUCAGUUUACCCGGGUCGCAAAAGGUACUCUCAGAGAAUCCCAGACUGACCCAUGAAACUUUCAAAGCUCUGAAGCCUGGAUUAUCUGCUUAUGCUGAUGAUGUGGAUAAGAGCACACACGGAAUACUGGAACUACUUGAAGUAGCUAAGAAGGAAAUUCCUUCUAACUUGUGGAAGGGCACACCUUUGGUCCUGAAGGCAACAGCGGGUUUGCGCCUGUUGCCUGAGGGAAAGGCGCAGAAAUUACUGCAGAAGGUGAGAGACGUUUUUAAGGCAUCUCCUUUCUUUGUGGGUGAUGACUGUGUCUCCAUAAUGAAUGGAACUGAUGAAGGAGUCUCCGCAUGGAUUACAGUGAACUUUUUAACAGGCGGCUUAAACUCUCCAGGAAAGAAGAGUGUGGGAAUGCUAGAUUUAGGCGGCGGAUCAACACAAAUCACAUUUCUUCCCCAAAUGGAGGAAAAUCUCCAGACAUCUCGAGCUGGGUAUAUAACCUCAUUCCAGUUGUUUAACAGUACUUACAAGCUCUAUUCCUACAGCUACUUGGGGCUCGGUUUGAUGUCGGCCAGGCUUGCAAUUCUAGGAGGAGUUGAGGGCCAAGCUGCCAAGGAGGAUGAAGAGUUAGUUAGUCCCUGCCUAUCACCACACUUCAGAGGAGAAUGGGAACAUGCUGAGGUGAUGUAUAGAAUCACUGGGCAGGAGGCAGGGCUGCGCCACUAUGAAUUAUGUGCCAACAGAGUUGCAGAAAUCCUAAACAACAAAGUGCACAAAACGAAAGAAGUAAAGACCUUGGAUUUUUAUGCUUUCUCCUACUACUAUGACCUUGCUGCACAAGUUGGCCUCAUUGAUCAACAGAAAGGAGGUAACCUCACGGUGGAAGACUUCGAAAUUGCAGCCAAAUACAUAUGUAGGACAAUAAAAGUUCACUCACGAGAGAGCCCUUUCCUCUGCAUGGAUCUCACCUAUGUCAGUUUAUUACUCCAAGAGCUUGGGUUCCCAAAGAACAAAAAGCUAAAGCUGGCUCAGAAAAUCGAUGAGGUGGAAACCAGCUGGGCUCUCGGAGCCACUUUUCAUUAUAUCGAUUCCCUGAGCAGACAGGAGACCCAAGUCUCAUAACUACUGAGACCCCAGGCUGACUGUCGGCUGGAUCCAGAGUCCUUGAGGGAGGAGCCUGAAAUUUUGACCUGGAAGUUUCUCACUGAGAAGAAGCGGCAUGCUCUGAAAGAAAUGAACACCUUUGUGAAAUACUCCUCCCUCUUCUGGAAUUUAAAAUGGGCAACGGACCCUCUUUCAGAUGAAAUACACUGAUUUAAACCCGGGUUUUUAGUAGCUUUUACUGUUUACAUGUUUUCAGAGUGAACCUCAGAGCCCUCUACCUGGAAUCUGGAGUGAAGGCAGGAGAUCAAUUCCUUCUACUCCAUCGAAGGUUGCUCCUGUUGCACACCCUGAACCCUGAGCAGGCAGCCUGUUGCUGAAGUAUGGUGGGGGAUACCCACGAGGCAAGCCAUCUCUUAGUGAAAACAUUAAUUUCUAUGACAGGAAAGAGGAGGUCUAGGGGCUGUAUUUCCUUUGCUGUAAAGCUUAUGAAUGAUUUCUUGGCCAGCUGUUGUUCAAAAAGGGAUUAGAAGUGCUUGGCCCAAUGUAAGUGCCGCCUGAUCCCCUAGGUGGGCUGUAGUGCACUUGAGAAUCGAGUUCCAUUGUUUUCCUUGGCUGUGGGGACAUUUAAAGAUGGGGUGGGUUUGUCUUCAGGUUAGAGGCCAGUAAACGUAGGAAGUGUUGGUUUUGAACUCUGGUCUCUCUGCUUUACUGUGAAUGUCAAUAUCCCCCAGGGAGAGGCAAAUGAAGGGGGAAAAGCUGUCAUCCACUGUGGUGCCAGAGAAGUUCCAUGGCUCAGCUAGCCAGAACCAGCAGGGAGUCACCAUUAGUGAGACCAUGCCAGGGGAGCUCCUUGCAUUUAUGUACCGAGCCAGUGAAGUCUUUCCAGAAAUUGACUGUGUUAACAAUAAUCUUUUUUUAUUUUAACAGAUUUUUGCAGUUAGAAAAAGCCUUGUGAAGAAUGUACGGGGUUUGGAGGCAGGCCUUCCAGUCUGUGCUCAACCCCAGGGUUUCCCUCCUCUCUCUCCUUGCUUGGUUCACGGAUUGUUUCUGCAGAGCUCUGAGUGAAAUGGAUAAAAGCGAAGUUCCCAGUGUUCCUGGCUCUUGUCUUGUGGGCCAAAAGAAUGUAUUGCUGUCUUAAGCUUGGCAGACAGCCAGAAAAUAGGAGGCAGGGAGGAGGAGGAGCUAGGAGACUGCCAGAAAGCCAUGCCAACUUUAAGUCCCUGUAGGCUGACCUUGUGAAUGUGCUCAGCUUGGCUCUGUUCAGAGGGCUGUAGAACUGUCUCAUCUGGCUUUUUUUAUUUUUUGAAACAGCACAGAAUGCACUCAAUGGAUUCUUCAUACAGAUACUAAUACUUUGUCAACACUCCCAGAGGGCUUGUCUCCUACCUCCAUGCUGCCGCCGUGAUGGCGUGAGAUGGGCUGUGAAAGAGAUGGUCUUUGGAUUUUGCUAUAACCUCAUUUUCAUUUUCAGAAAUUGUGCCGAGCAAGCCAUUCUUGCCAGCAAAUGUGCAAUAACGGUUCAUGGGCAAUCAGAGCAUUGAGGGUGCUCUCUGAAAUAAAAAGUUUUCAACCAACA